CACCGCGGCCGUGAUCCGCGCCGCCGCACCGCCCGCCCGCCCCCGCAGGGCCAUGCGGAGGGCCGCCGGGAUGGAGGACUUCUCCGCAGAGGAAGAGGAGCCCUGGUACGACCAGCAGGACCUGGAGCAGGACUUGCACUUGGCCGCUGAGCUGGGGAAGACGCUGCUGGAGAGGAACAAGGAGCUGGAGGCGUCGCUGCAGCACAUGUACGCCACCAACGAGGAGCAGGUGCAGGAGAUCGAGGUCACUCACCCACCACCCCCUGCCGACCCCCAGUACCUGACCAAGCAGCUGGACACACUGCGGCACGUGAAUGAGCAGCACGCCAAGGUGUACGAGCAGCUGGACCUGACAGCCCGAGACCUGGAGCUGACCAACCAGAAGCUGGUGCUGGAGAGUAAGGCUGCGCAGCAGAAGAUCCACGGGUGAGGGCCGGGUGGGGGAUCGUGGGGAAG